AUGUGUCCUUUCCCCCAAGGAUACAAGACACUCAACCCGCUGUCGGCCGGUGGGCGCACAGGGCGGAAUGCUUGCUCUGGCUUCUCUGAAAUCAUGAGCUCGCACGAUCUUGGUGGUGGGACGGUUCAAUUCUCGCCAAUUGGACAUAAUGACCAUGCUGGCUAUCUCUGGAUCGUGACCAUCUUGGGCAUGGUAUAUACCAGCUUUUCGGGGUUGGCUAGAGGUCUCAUCAAACGAGGUGUUUAUGGCGCCGAUGAUUAUCUGAUUGGAUUUGCCACGCUUCUACUCUAUAUCCAGUCGGCAGUCGUCUUCCACGGGCUCAAGAGUGGUCUGGCAAAGUCAAAUGAGAUCGCUUCGGAGGAUCAGUGGCCCAUCGCUGGAAAAUUCCUUCGCUGGCAGAUUAUAACAGCGUUUGACAUCAUCACAGAGAUAAUCAUCUGUUCCUUACCAGUCGUCUUCGUGUGGUCCAACACUAUGUCGUUCUGGCUGAAGUUCCAAGUCUUCCUUGCCUUUGCAUUCCGUCUGCCAUUGAUCGCCCUUUCUGUUGCCCAUCUCAACCUGUUCGAACAAUAUCUGGAAUCGAACCAACCACUAUUCGAGAUAUCGGGGACUCUCCUUCUACAACAAGUGAUGCUCACAUACUCACUCAUUUCCGCGACAAUUCCGAACCUCAAGAGCUUCAUGAAAUCAUUCUCCACCGGUCUCGGCGUCUCUUUCGGUUUUAUGGACAAGGACCUCGACACCUCGUCUGAAGCUUAUGCUCUUCAAGCAUUGACCACACUGUCCGGGAGGCGAAGAAAUCGAUCUGAAGAAAUGCCCACUGAGCACAUCUACGACGGAAUUCAUGAUUCAGAUGCUAGCCAACAACCUGUACUACGACCAAGAUCGGUAUUACACGAGGUCACCAUCCAUCACAGCCCCGAUCGCAGGUCCGAUAAUGAGAGCAAUGCAACAGAUGACGGACGAGGUCGUGAACAAGACAAGACGUAG